CACACACACACACCAACCGGGACUCAGGCCAGAGGAAAUCGUGUUCGUCGCCAGCCAAGACUCAUCCAGAGCAGACCACGGCGAGGGCGACGGACGGAGUGAUAAGAAGGGACCGGGAAUCACAGGGGGAGGCUGGUAGGAACAACACGGGGGUUUAAUACACGCAACGACAAAAAAAAAAUUUAUUUUGUCGCGGCGAGAGCAGAGCCUGUCCCCCGCACGCGGAGAGUCGGGUUACGCGAAGCUAAUUUUUCCCAACGGUUCCUAACUGGCGGCGAGACUCACGUUUAUAACGAGAGCUAGCGGAAUGUAAUGCUAGCACAGGCUAGCUGGUGGUAGCUAGCUAAUUAGCUGGUCGGUACGUUUGAUCUUUAUUUAAAUUAGGCCACCGUUUGGCGUCGUUUUUACUUUUUUUUUUUUGGUGGUAGUUGGAGUGGGAGAAAAAAAAGAGCCGUGCUUAAUGUGCUUUGUCCAGAGCCCUGGCAUAAUGUUCUGCCUCCAAUAGCUAAGUUAGACAAUAAACAGUACCAGCUGCCUUUUUUUAUUGAUGUAAACCAGUUCUCGACUGUCCGGCUACGCUUCCUGGGGAAAGACAAGAUCCGUCGAGAAUAUCGAGCCUUGGACGAGUCCAGCGGGGAAGAGACAGAAAACAACUGACUUUUGACUGGUGACUGUCUGCCGUCCGAUGUUAAUGUCGACCGACGUUGCAUCCAUAAUGAUGCCCGUUAGUCGGGGAAUAAUGGAAAGGGACAUCGAUACGACAGCCGGUGCCCUCGCGGACGACGACGGGGGUCUGGCGGCAGCUGCAGCUGUCCGUGGGAUGAAGCGAGGAGACCCGGAGCCCGACGCUCCGCCGGCCGCUGCCCUGACCGAGGCGGAGAGCAAGAGACCCAGAACAGACGGGACCGGGGCUGUCGUUGUUGACAUUGGACAGAACAAUGAGCCUCUAAACCCCGGUUUCCACGGAUACCCACCUCACAGCCAGGGCUCUCAGGAUUCGACAGGAGGACAGGAGGGGUUGGUGGCCCCGCCCUUUUCAGCGUUCCCCCCGCCGCCCCCUCCUCAAAACGGGCUGCCAGGGACGGAGUUCGGCCCCGGGGCCAUGUUCGGUGCCGGGGGAGCAGCAGACGUCGGGGCCGGCGCUAACGGCGCCGCCUCCACGACCACCGUCGCCAUCAGCAACAACGGAAAGGCAGAGGAGGUGCCCCAGGGCGAGGCAGGUGUACAAUGUGGCACGGGGGGAGACGGCUCUGUGGGAGACCCCUCGGAGGCCAAAGGGUCCCCCAAGCGUCUUCACGUCUCAAACAUCCCCUUCCGCUUCCGGGACCCUGACCUCAGGCAAAUGUUUGGGCAAUAUGGGAAGAUUCUGGACGUAGAGAUAAUUUUCAAUGAGAGGGGCUCCAAGGGUUUUGGCUUUGUGACAUUUGAGACCAGCGCAGACGCAGAGAAAGCCAGGGACAAGCUCCACGGCACGUUGGUGGAAGGCCGUAAGAUUGAGGUGAAUAACGCCACCGCCAGGGUGAUGACCAACAAGAAAAUGGUCAGCCCCUACCCUAACGGAGAAGCUCUCAGCACGCUGCCUUAUGCAGCGGGAUGGAAAUUGAGUCCUAUGAUGGGGGCCAUGGGAGCCAUGUACGGACCCGAGAUCUACGCAGAUCAGCUGAUGACUCUCCUUUCUCGUCCUUCAGUCCCUGGGUUCCCAUACCCCUCGGCGGCGGCGGUCACUACGGCAGCGGCGUUCCGCGGCGCCCACCUCCGGGGCCGGGGCCGGCCCGUGUACAGCGCCGUGCGGGCCGCCGUGCCUCAGCCCGCCAUGGCCGCCUACCCCGGUGUGGUGUAUCAGGAUGGGUUUUACGGAGCCGCCGAAUUAUAUGGAGGCUACCCUGCUGCUGCUGCUGCUGCUGCCGCUGCCGCCGCCUACCGCUACGCCCAGCCCGCCACCGUAACCGGAGCAACCGCCGCAGCUGCCGCCUACAGUGACAGUUAUGGCCGGGUGUACACCACAGACCCGUACCACGCCUUGAGUCCAGCCGCCGCUGCCUACGGAGUGGGAGCCAUGGCCAGUCUGUACCGGGCCGGCUACAGCCGCUUCGCCCCGUACUAAACGACCGCGCGUCACGAGGAAGUUCACAUCGUCCAGAAACCCUGUUUUUCCAGCUCUUUGUCCGGCGGCAGCUUCCCUCCAUUCCUCUGCAGCCGGGCCGAAGCGACGACUCGUCUGUUUGUUUUUGUUUGUUUUUUCGUUCUUUUUCCCGUGGCCAGGGAGGUCAUUUGCCACAUCAUCAACCCCAAACUCUAUUUCUGUUCUCUUCGGUCGGCCGCUGACACGGAACCAAGGACAAAACUGCCAGGAGCGUGUCCCACAUCCCGAGCGGCAGCUUUGAACUCCAGCGGGCAAAAGUUCGGACGGCUUUUAAACACUAAGGGACCUGGGAGUGAUCCUGUGUAAUCAUGCACACCUUCUUUUCUUUCUCUGAACUUAUAAUUAAUCCACUGCCCUGUAAGACCCAAUCAGACCUGGACACACACUCGCAUUCAGCACCAAGUCCUGGGUUCCCUCGACAAGCUCGCUGAGCGGCGGCGUGGACGCCGCCACACGCCGCCGCUCCUCACGGUACGGAUCUUUGUAAACACUACGCUGACCUCUGGUUUAGCCUCGCAGUAAAAUCACGACACGCCGGACGGCUCCAGUCAGAAGAUGGAGGAGGAACCCGGCAACAACAAACACUGCAUGGGGGGGGGCUCUUUUUCUGGGGGUCAUUUUCCAACAUUUCACUUUCUCCGAAUUUAAAAGGAAAGACGAGAAGAAGACAAAAUUAUGUAAAAAAAGAAAUCAUUUUAAGUAAAAGGGGGGGGGGGGGUGACAAGGAGAAACACAUCGUGACUUUUUUUCUGCAUUACCUCAGUUUUUCAGUUUUUCAGUUUUUGGCUCCUCCGUCCCGCCCGCCGCUCUGCUCCCCGUCCACGACCCCGAGACGAGAGCGACGGAGAACCCUCGGACGCAAAUGAACUAGAUUGAGCCGAUCUGAAGCCGGAAGCACCCACGCAGGAACCAAUCAGCAGCCAGACGGGAAUCCCUCCUGGCCAAUCGACGCUCUUCGGGCAGCGAGCUGCUCCACGCGGCCCAGAUUCAACGACGCGGGGAACAAAGAGAGCGCCGUCCUGUCAUGGAGUCAUGAAGUAAUGAGAAUGUAUCACUCUAUUUAUAUUUAACGCCAGGGGACGCCACCGUGUUUCCACGUCGGGGUUUUUGUUGGACAUUUUAAAAUCGGUCGUCACGCUCUUCAGUCCGGAUGGUUUUAAAGUCCUCCUCGCCGUGUGCGGGGUCGCCAUGGAGACCGUCCGUAGACCACGCCCCGGUCCCGUAUUUAUCACAUCUCCAUAUACUCUCACUUUGUUGUUAUUGAUAUUGUUUUGCCUUUUUGGUUCCAAAGAUUUUCUGAAAAAAAAGCACAUUUUUUGCAAGCGUCCUGAUGUAUUUGUUAGUUUUGUGGUCGAUGUAUUAUCUUCUUCUUCUUCUUCUUUGUGCCUUUUAUUUAGUUAUAUUCUUUUGUAUCUGUGGGUUGAAGCUGUAUCCGUCAUCGCCGUGUGGAAACGGCAGCCUCGGCAAGAACCGCGAUGCUGGUGGAAUUCUGACCCACAACAACAACAAAAACAACAACAACAUUCAGUUCACACGUUUAUUAUUUUCUUCUACUUUUGGUUCACACGCCGAGGCGGACGGAGCCGAUGGAGUCAUGAGGGAUACGCAGAGAGUCUGGAGCGGGUAUUUCAUCUCGCGGUUUUCCGUGAGGGCCAAAUGAAGCGGAGAGAAGCGUCCGCACGAUGUCCGAGGCGUCCGGCGGCCACGGCGAGACGACGCGUGGGCGGCGAGCGGCGAGCGAGGUGAGGCGCUGAGCCGCUCAUCACGGCGGCAGAACAACGCGACGCUGUCGGUCCGGUUUCUGACGUUUGAUUUCAGGGGCACUGCGGACAGUAGGGGGGGGGGGGGGUAUUACCUCUUCUUCUUCUUGUCUUUAUUAUUCCUUACAAGUAUUAUCAGAAGUGUUGCUGUGCAUGCUUUUGUGAGAGGAAGAACCUUUUCAUUGUGUGCAUGAAUUCAAAUCCUAGUGCUGGAGGAAGAGGAGGAGGACGGAGAGGGGGGGAGAGAUGGUGUUUACAUAGCAGGAGGAGGGAAAGAAUGCAGAUGUUAAGGGGGGGGGAGGGGGGCUUUUACAGCUUUAAUAAUCCGGGUUAUCGCUGCUCUGCGCCUCACGGGCCGUUAUCACCGGCCUCAUCGGACCUGUGAAGUUUAAUUUGGUAGCCCCCCCACCCCCGUGGUUUUUAUAAUGACAAUAAAACAAAAAAACCAUACCAUCCGCCAAAUGAUAAUGAUGUUGGAAGAUGGGAACAGAAACGGAGAGGUGAGGCUGGGGGGGCAGGUGAUGUCAUCGAGCAGCCGUGAGACCAGGCGGGUCACGCCGCUUGUUUCUGCGCCUCUAAUUGGAGAGAGUCUCAUACCCAGGGCUGGAGCACACACACACACACACACACACACACACACAUAUACACACACACACACACACACACAAGAGAGAGAAAGCAGUUCUCCUCAGCCGCUGACCCGACUCCCCGGCGCUGCUCAACCCAGUGGGAGGUUUUUGUUGUCCAGGGAUUUCCUCGAUGAGACGACUUGCAUGUGGAUUCAUUGUUUCUGUUGAUCGUCUCAUGCUUUUAAAGCUCAUUAUCAAGCGUUUAUGUUUGUUUUCUCCCAAUAAGUGACGUGUAUUUUCUCACAAUAUUUUAUUUUUUGCCAUCCUUGUCUGCCUUCUGUUUAUUAUCUUCAUUAUUUUUGAAUGUAUAUAAUAAAUAAACUGUUUGGUUUUUAAA